UGACAAAACAGAUUAUAGUCUGCGAAAACCGGUGCCACAAUAAAUCUUCUAGUCUUUGAGGGUCUGCAAUAUUCCUUGCUUUAAGAAUAGUGGGUAGCCAAUGAAAUUCCUGAGGUUGGGAAUAAAAACAAAUAAACAGUAGUGUACAUUCACCUCCUUGGUAUGCCAGGUUAAAACUAAUCUUAACCAAACUUCUAAUGGCAUAUUUGUGACCUGCUGGGACUGCUAAUUUUUGAUGUUAUGAAAGAGUGAAUAUUUCUUCCUAUUUUAUGAUUGUAGGAUGAUUUGAUGGAUUUUAGGCUACAUGGGGGUCUAAUGAAUCAAUGUGAGCUGCUUUGUAUAAUUUAAAGAGGAAAAACUGCACACAAAUACUUAUAAUAAAUGAGAAAAAUCACAUUCGUUCUGAAUACGGUGUAUUUGAAGUUUGUAUAUAUAUUUGAAAAUCAAUUAAAAUAUAACACAAAGAAAAAGAUAAAUGCAUUCAAAUCAAGAAUCCACAUCUAGAGAAUAGUAAAUCUGGUGUAUACACCAGAGUUAGAUUAUAGCAAUGGAUGCUGCUGGGCGCCCUUCGACGGGACAGGUGAUCCUCCUGGCGACCAGUUCAGCUGUCACCGCAAUUCUGUAUGCCAUUUAUAGGCAAAAGUCAAAAAUAGUUCACAGCCUGAAGGGAGCGAAAAAAGUCACCCUAGACCAGGAUUUGAAAACUAUCCUUAUGGAAGCGCCUGGGAAGUGUGUCCCUUAUGCAGUAAUAGAAGGUGUCGUGCGGUCUAUUAAGGAAACCCUCAACAGUCAGUUUGUGGAAAACUGCAAGGGAGUGGUUCAGAGGCUAACACUGCAGGAGCACAAGAUAGUGUGGAACCGAACUACGCACCUCUGGAGCGACUACGAGAAGAUCAUUCACCAGAGGACCAACACGACAGCCUUUGAUAUGGUGCCCCAGGAGGGAGGAGCCGAUGUCGCCGUGAGGGUGUUGAAACCCCUGGACGCUGCCGAGCUCAGCUUGGAGACAGUGUACGAGAAGUUCCACCCGUCCGUCCAGUCCUUCACGGAUGUGAUCGGCCACUACAUCAGCGGGGAGCGCCCCAAAGGCAUCAAGGAGACCGAAGAGAUGCUGAAGGUGGGGGCGGCGCUUACCGGGGUGGGUGAGUUGGUCCUGGACAACAACACCAUCAGGCUGCAGCCCCCCAAGCAGGGGAUGCGCUAUUACCUAAGCAGCCUAGAUUUCGAGGCCUUGCUCCAGAAGGAAGAAUCGAGCGUCCGUCUCUGGAAGGUCCUGACUCUCCUUUUCGGCUUUGCCACGUGCGCCGUGCUCUUCUUCGUCCUGCACAAGCAGUACCGCCAUCACCGGGAGAAGCAGCGCCUGCGUCAGGUGCAGGAGAUGAUCGCAGCGGGUGGGGACACACUGAAUGCAUGCGUCGUCUGCUUGAGCAACGCCCGCUCGUGUGUGUUCCUUGAGUGUGGGCACGUCUGCUCGUGCGACAAGUGCUACCAGGCGCUGCCGCAGCCUCCCCGUUGCCCCAUUUGUAGGCAAGAGAUCGCAAGAGUCGUGCCUUUGUACAACAGCUGAAUUGGCGGCGCCGUCUCUUUCGGCGACCUCCCCGUCGGCCUUUCUCGUUGAGGAACGUUCUUCUGGCUUUCGCUGCAGCGUUAGAGGCGUGCAAGGUGUGGGUUUGGUGGGUUGUGACCCUUUGCACAGACAGUUGGAGAACCAAGCCGUGUUGCAUAGAGCCGCAAACAAAGAUUCGGAGCUUUUAACGAUUGCUGUGAUUUGGGAAGUAGACUAUUCAACACUGCUUGGGUGGAUUUUCUUUGCCAAAAUGAAGGUUCUCAACUGACAAUUCACAUGUAAACCAUGGAAAAUUCGGUUUUCUCCAACCUGGUGCCCCGCAGAUAUUUUUGACUACAGUUACCAUCAUCCCUGGGGUUGUAGCCUAAACCACCUGGAGGGCACCAGGUUGGAUAAGGCUGCUUAAACUAAUCCCUGUAUUUCCUUUCUCCUGUGUGAGAAUUAACAGGAUCAUGUUUCUAAACUGGUAUGCUUUUUCUGAGUUCUUUUUCACCAGUGCUGUGUGUGUGUGUGUGUGUGUGUGUGUGUGUGUGUGUGUGUGUGUUCUUCCUCCGAAACAUUUACCAAUCCCAAUUCUCUCCUGAGAAGUUCCAAAUUCAGUGCUCAGAAUAAAUUAAGUUUGCACUGCUUUGGUUUUAAUUUUGCUUUCAGUAUUACAGAGCUCAAA